CAAAAUUCCGCCCUUGGUUAGAGCCCAGCUCCCAAGCUUCACCAUUUAGCCUGGUGUACCGGAACACGAAGUCCCUGCAGGCCAAUUAUUCAUGUCAAAAAUCAGCCACUCUUAUGUAGAAUAAUCAUUGGACUCAGAAUCCUCGACCACACACAUACUACACCCAGCAAUGCGUUGCAGCCAUUGUGGCAGCACGAAGUUCGACGAGGAUCGCGCUCGGGCGGACUUAGUGUGCUUGGAUUGUGGAAUGGUUAUCAGUCAAAAUGCGAUCAGUUCAGAAGUGGAGUUCAUCGAUACUGGCACCGGUGUUGCCGCCGCUGUUGGGCGGUUCGUGUCGGAUGAAAGUCAGAUUGCCGGUCAUGAAUCAAGGCAAGUUACUGAACACAGAGCUCGUCGGAGGAUUGACACGAUAUGUGGUCAUCUUAGACUUGGAGGCGACAUCGCCACGUCUGCCUUUCGUUACUACCAAAGUGCUUUGUUUCGCGGUAUUACUCGAGGUCGAGGCGCACUCCAAGUGGCAGCCGGAUGCGUAUAUCUGGCUGCCAGACAGCUUCAUGUCAACCUUAUGUUGCUUGAUUUGAGUGACGCUGUCGGCAUCAACGUAUACGUCCUUGGGCAUUGUUAUUCCGAUCUGAAGCGACAUUUACAUCUUUCGAUUCCGGAAAUGGACCCGUGUUUGUACAUAGAGCGGUUUGCUAGCCAACUGGAAUUCGGUGACAAAAUGCCCGCGGUUGCCACAACCGCCAUGCGUCUACUUCAGCGGAUGAAAAAGGAUUGGCUUGCGACCGGCCGCAGACCUAGCGGAUUGGCUGCUGCUGCUCUGCUGGUUGCUGCUAGGAUACACGAAUUCAAUCGCAACGAAGAGGACGUAGCAAGGAUUGCUCGUAUCAGUCAACAAACAGCGCGAAAACGAUUGGAUGAAUUUGGACGUACACCAACUUCAGCUCUCAGCAUUGAAGAUUUUUUCGCCGUUGACUACGAAGAAGAGCAGGAUCCACCGGCUUUCUCCGCCUCCAAAAAGUCGGAUGAGGCGGUCAAAGAGUUGGAUGAAACGGCUUUCGCUAAGAUAUCUGCAGAGAUCAAUGAACUGGAAAGGCGUAUUGAUUGUGAACUACAUGCACUGGCGGAGAAGCGCAGCUGCCGUCUGUUCCUUGGUAAACUGUCGGAGUUAGCCAUAACCUUGCCUGUUUUCAUCCUAUUUAGCUGGCUAAACACGAAUGCUGUUUUGCCUGCAAAUGUCGGACAGUCCAAAGGGAUUCAGUAUUUGCUCGAGGAAUCAUCGGAUAUUUCCGCAUCACCCCGUGGGGAUGAAGAUAGCAACACGACCCGCUCUGAUGCUUCCGACAUCUCCCAGCCCACAAAAACCAUUCUGCGCGAGGUGUUGGAUGGAAUUAUAGACCCACAACUGCUUGAUAACUGCGCCGAGGAUUUGCACAUUCUCACUAGGCAUUCCGGGGAAGAAAUGUGCCAGCUAUUACAGAGUGUUGAGGAGGCCAGAAACGAGGCCGAGAUCAACGGUGAUCCACGGAAUGCUUCAGAAUCUACCGACGAUAAACCAGAUGGUGUCAAGCAACCCAAGUUGCCCCUAUUCAUUCCUGAAGCAGUUGUCCCGAAAUCUGAAUUUCCAGAUACAACAGAUGGAACUUUGUCUCUUGAAGGAAUUGAUGACGCUGAGCUUGAACAGGAAUAUCUUCUGCACCCUCGGGAAGUAAUGAUCAAGGCGGCCAUUUGGUACAAGUGCAAUGCCGAAUAUCUACACUCCGCACGCCGUAAACGACUUGCCAAGAAGCGGCAACAAGAGGAGGAUGCGAAAAAUCCAAGAAAAAGGAGGACUAGAAGUGCGGCUGGUCAAAGGCGUUCACGCGCCAUGAACAAAUACGAUAGUCGCGACAAGUUUGAACCUGUGGCGGAGGAGUCCGAAGACAAGCCUAUUUCAUCUAAGAUUAAUUAUGAAGCACUGGAGGCCUUGGUCGGAUUUCCUUCGAAUGUGCCUUCUUCGUCAUUUGUUCCACCCAGCACACCUGGUCCUUCUAUGGUUUCUGAUCCAUCGGCACCUAUUCGGCCCGGGCCACUACUCGCCUCUACUUUGGUCCCCAGGGAGAGUGCCUCAACAUGUGCCCAAUCAGAGCUGCAUCCACGCUCAUCAAUAUUAACCAGACAGGAUGCUGUUAAAGCAGGUGGAACCAAGUCUGUCGCGUUUGCCGAACCAGGAUUCCCGAUUGGAUCGGUAGCGGAUAACGUCGUAACUCAGCCCGCGGAAUCUCUGCACCAAAAUGCGGACGAGAAUGAGGAAGAGGACGUAGACGGCGAAGAGGAUGAGGAAGCUGGCGUUGACCUGAUGCUAGACGACGACGAUGAUGAUGACCUCGCAUGGCAGCAAGGUGCUGAGUUGUGGUGAUCUGCCUGCUUUCACCUCCUACCUCCUGGCAUAAUCUCGCAUUGCUUCGCUUGAUGCUGUGGAAUGUUUUUUCUGUAUUUUAUGUAAAUAUAUUUUUCCUUCAUUUACACCUCAGGUUGCCGAAUAUUUG